GCCAUUCCUUCUCCCAAAAACUGUCCUCUCUCUCUCUCUCUCUCUCCUACCUAAAACGCAUCACUCUUUUGACGAGGGAGCUGUCUACUCUCCGAUAGACCUGCUGGCUGGGGAAGUUUCCGGCUGCCGGAAAACCACCAGCUUGCAGGACCUGAGAAUGCCAUCUUGCCGCUCUGCUUUCCUGGUGUUCCAUACGUCUCCUACUCCUUACGCGAAUUCCACCUCCAGCCUUCGCAGAGAGAGCUGCUCGAAAUCCCGCUAGUCUUGUCAAUGGGUGGUUCUUUCUCCCAUUUAUGAACCAAAAGCAGCAGCAGAAGCAGCAGGAGCAGCAGCGCCACCUCCCACCAUGGCCCUUUAUCUCCUCCUCUUCGUCUUUCUUCUUUUUUCCUCCUGUGCUGCUGCUGACUCGCCGGCGGAUGACAAGCAAGCUCUCCUGAGAUUCCUCUCCGCCGUACAUCGCCCUGCGCGAGUCCAGUGGAACGCCUCCUCCUCCACUCCUUGCUCGUGGGUCGGCGUCGUCUGCGAUUCCGUGAGCUUCAGGGUGGUCGAACUGCACCUCCCCGGCGUCGGACUCGUCGGAAGCAUCCCGCCGUCCACCAUCGGCCGCUUGACCCAGCUACGUGUCAUCAGCCUUCGGUCGAACCUCCUCUCCGGUCCCCUGCCCGACGAUUUCGCCAAUCUCAAACUCCUCCGCAGCCUCUACAUCCAGCACAAUCUCGUCUCCGGCGGGUUUCCGGCGUUCAUUCCGUCUCUCCCCCGUCUCACCCGCCUGGACUUCUCCUUUAAUCGCUUCUCCGGCCGCGUCCCCUUUGCCGUCAACAACCUCACUCACCUUACGGGGCUGUUCCUGCAGAACAACUCGUUCUCCGGCGCCAUUCCGGCCAUCGACAUCCCCGGCCUGACCUCCCUGAACCUCUCCAACAACCAAUUUAACGGCUCCGUGCCGCGGCCGCUCCAGCGGUUCCCAGCCGAGGCCUUCACUGGCAAUGUCGACCUCUGCGGCCCUCCCCUCCCUGUCCUCUGCAACCCUUUCUUUCCUUCUCCUCCGGCUCCCUCGCCUUCGUCUUCCCAGCCGCAAGCGAGCCACCGGAGGCGGCUCUCUCGUGCUGCAAUCAUCGUAAUUGUGAUUCUCUGCGCCUUGCUGUUUCUCUUGCUCUUGUUGGCCGUCUUGCUUCUGUGUCUGCGGCGAAGGCAGAGUAGAGCAGGGACGGCCAAGCCACCGACGAGGGUAGUGGAGGCGGUGGGGGGGCCUUCGUCGUCCAAGGACGAGUUUUUGAGCUCUGGUCAGGAGGCAGAGAGGAACAAGCUCGUGUUCUUCAAUGGUGGUGGCUACAGCUUCGAUCUGGAGGACCUGCUUAGGGCCUCUGCGGAAGUUUUGGGGAAGGGGAGCGUGGGAACGUCCUACAAAGCGGUCCUUGAAGAGGGAACCACCGUUGUAGUUAAGAGAUUGAAGGACGUUGCGGUGGGGAAGAGAGAGUUCGAGGCUCAGAUGGAGGUGCUCGGGAGGAUUCAACACACUAAUCUGGUGCCCAUCCGAGCGUACUACUAUUCCAAAGACGAGAAGCUUCUGGUGCUGGACUACAUGCAGGCAGGAAGCUUGUCCUCUCUGCUGCACGGUAGCAGAGGAUCAGGAAGAACACCCUUGGACUGGGACAGCAGGAUGAAAAUUGCUGUACAUUCAGCAAGAGGGCUAACUCACCUCCAUGAAACAGCAAAGACUGUCCAUGGCAACAUAAAGGCCUCAAACGUCCUCCUGCGGCCGAAUCUCGAUGCCUGUGUCUCGGAUUUCGGCCUUUCCCCACUCUUCUCCAACGCCACUACUCCUCCCACUGCGAGGGUUGCUGGCUACCGCGCUCCUGAAGUGAUGGAGACACGGAAGGUUACCUACAAGUCUGACGUUUACAGCUUUGGAGUUCUGCUGCUGGAGCUCCUGACAGGGAAAUCGCCCAACCAGGCUUCGUUAAACGAUCAAGGGAUCGAUCUACCAAGGUGGGUGCAGUCGGUUGUGCGUGAAGAAUGGACGGCAGAGGUCUUUGAUGCGGAGUUGAUGAGGUAUCAAAACAUUGAGGAGGAGAUGGUGCAGCUGCUGCAAGUUGCCAUGGCCUGCGUUGCCACGAUGCCAGACCAGAGACCACAGAUCAGGGAUGUGUUGAGGAUGAUCGAAGACAUCAACCGGGCUGACACAGACGAUGGGCAGCGGCAAUCCUCCGACGACAAGUCGAAGGGGUCCGGUGGGAGGACGCCGCCGGAAGUUCGGACUCCUCCUGCAGGUGCAACGCCAUGAAAUGGAAGCAAUGGAGGAUGGAGGAGAAGAUAGGGAAGAGCAGCAUACAUUCCCUCUAUUCUUAUCCUUUGGAUUAAAGGGCUUUAGAUUUUGUUUUACAUGCUUUUGAUAUUUGAUUAUUGGUUGUGGUUUGGUGUUUUUUAGAAUGUGCAUUGUUCUUGUGCACCACUUUGCUUUGUACAUACAAUUGAGGGCCAGAUCAAAGGAAAAGGCCUGUUUGGAUUGACUGUCUGUGUUUGUGAACUCUGCGGGCAUUUAGUUGAUCCAUGCCAAAGUUGGUCGGGUUCACCAAUUGCGUCAUCUCCGUGCUCAUUGAACUCACUCUGGAGUUGCAGCUUGACUCAACAACUGAAGCUCCACUAAAGUUCAAGAUGUUGAAUUUAUUGCAUUAUUUUCUCCAAAUCAUGAUCUAUAUCAUGAUUUUGUCUGACUGUCUCCUAUUGACAUGCCGAGUGUUCUACCAUCAAUUUACUUGGCUAAUUGAUAAGCUUGUCAUUUGAGUAAACAUGCUUUAUUUUCUUGAUCUA